AUGCCAGAGUGUCGGAAUUGUCUUCGCCUGGGAGUCGGAUGUCCUGGGUUUAGCCCGCAGAGUGAGUUCAUCUCCCGCAAAGAGAUGCAAAAGUCGGCAGAUGACAUCUUCAAGGCUGCUGGCGUUGAAAAGAGAAGGGUGGGGUCCUGCGAAGAAUGCCGGUCAUCCAAGCAUCGCUGCACCAAGACUCGGCCGUCGUGUCGCCGAUGCAUCCUGCGCCAUCUGCCUUGUGUCUAUCCUUCAAAGCCGGAUAAGCAGCAAGAGCGCGAAUCCUCUACUCAACCCGCCAGCUCCGUCGCAAGCUCUACGGCUGCUGCUGCGGGGCUCACCUCAACUGUAUCAGUUCAACCCUUAGAACCUGGCCAAUGGGCAAAUCCCGCACUUUUACACGCCUUUGGUGUGAAUAUUGAGAGUUUGUGCACAGAUACUCUACCAAAGGAUCAUGGUCUGCGACUUCGCCUAAUUAAUGCCUUCUUCGAUCGAUCUCACCACCUUCGUUGUCUGACUUUUGUUCAUCAACCUUCCUUCAUGCAGUCGCUCGAGUCGGCUAGUGUAGCUCAGGAUUAUGGAGAGCCACUGCUCUAUGCUAUGUGCGCCCUUGGCGCCAGACACAUCUACUUUGAUGCGACGUUCACCCUAGAUAGCCCCGAUCGCGACUUGCUCCCAAGCGUAAUCCCUGGGCAAGCAUGGGCUGAGAGGGCCAGAAAGGAGAUAUUAGGGGAGAUGCAUGCUCCCACAGUCCAAAAUCUCAUGACAGUAGCCCUUCUCUGCGAAUAUGGGCUUCGUGAGGACCAGCAUGCUUUGGUCUUCAUUUUGCUGGCUUUUCUGCAUCGCGCCAUACGGUUACUGAGCUUGGAUUCGCCACGUCCCCUUCCCAACCAUCCCACAACAGCUCAGAUGAUGCAACGAGAAAUAGAAAACCGCAUCGUCUGGGCCAGCUUCGUCAUUGAUAGCCUUGCUGCUAAUGGCGUUGAAAAAAACAUGUGUUGGAAAGAUCACAUACCAAGCAUUCCCCUGCCUUGUUCCGACGAUUGUUUUAAUACAUCUCAGCUUUCCGCACCGAGGCACUAUCUUUUGCAGAUUGAAGACUCGGGAAUGCAGACCGCCAUUUCGGAGCUAGACUUGUCGGCACUAUUGGUUGUGGUUGUGCGAUUGAGAACAAAAGUAAUGCAACUCAUUCGCGUUGCCGACCCUGGCAUGCGCAUCUGGGAGCCGUCGUCGCAAUUCGUCACAAUCAUUGAUCAACUCAUCGCUCUGUACAAUAAUAUGCCAGAACGAUAUUAUUUAACGGAUGAUAAUCUAUACGUGCUCAAAGAUAAAGGAAUGCUUGGGGGUGUCUUUGCUCUACAUCUCUUUAUCCACGCCGUCAUCUUCGAUCUCACCCGCAUUUCACUAGCCGGCUUCAGCUUCCCGCUGGCACCAGCCUUCAAGAACUCACCAGUUGAAUUCCGCGCACACUGCCAAAGUUUAUGCCGCUUCCAUGCUAGCCAAGUUUCCGAUAUCAUCCGCACUGGAUUGAGCUUCAAUCGGGGUGCUUUCGACGACCUCUUUUGUCCCGAUGCGACCAUUGAAUCGACCAAAGUACAGAUCAUCUUCGCUGCCACUGUGGACCAAUCCCCCCAGACCUUGCAGGUCACUAGAGAUAAUAUCAUUAGCAACUUGAACUUUCUUUUGACCAUCCAUAAUCGUGGAAAAGAGGCACCGACACAGUUUAUUCGUGGCAUUAUUCCACUAUGCCAUCUCUUUGGCUUUCGAGACAUUGCAGAGCGAUAUCAGGAAACACUUGGCAUACCGAUCGAUCCUGCUGAAGUCACAGGAUCAGCCGAUGAUCACCACCUUGUAGCAUUAGCCUCCUUCCGACGAGGGAGAGUGCAGCUUCAAGAAUCUCAAGCGACGGGAAGUGCCAAGACGAUGUCUUCAGGAAACGACAACAAAUCACCGUUAAUCCACGCAAGUCAAAGCGUCAUCUAUGAAGAGGCUGUGGACAGGGGCAGCGGCGGUGAUUUUACAAGUUCGCUGCCAAUCCUAAGGCCAACGUACCCCCCGAUCGAGGUAGCACCUGAACUUUUGAGCCAAAGCUUGGCUCAAAGAAAUCCCCUUCAAAUUAUGCCAUCUGCAGGCGUCAUGGUGCAAAAUGGAGCCAUUUUGCAGCCUUCAGUCGACGACUAUGUUAAAACAGCAGAUGAAAUGUCAACAUAUCUGACAUGGGGAAUGACUGAAAUCCCCCAUUGGAUGAACCUGCCUGAUCCAAUGCCCCCGGGGUGA